UACAUUUCCCGGUCGUCCUUGUGCAAAAACAUCCCUCUUCAUCGCUCUCGGCUUUUCCUGUACCGCGUUGCAUGUCGGUACUGGUAGUUUUCAAAUACCCGGUACCCAACUCUACAUCAUCUGGCUUCCUGGGCGGAGGAUACUACACCUACCGUCUGCCUUAGCCCUGUGCGCUUGCGCCGUGUGCAUGGAAGGAGGGAGGGGAAAGGCCGUUACUCUGCGGGCAACGGCCAGGGCAGAGAAGAGGCAGUCAGUGGUGGUGCCGGAGGCUUCCGUGUUUGCUGUUGGGCUGGUGCACAGCGUCAGGGAGAAGGGCGGGUUCUGUCAGGCCCCGUCCGUUACGGCGGGGGAUGGGGAUGAACCUGUGAGGAGGCGCGAGCCGAAGGGUGCGGUGAAGGAGACCGGCCGCAGGCAGGCAAAAGGAAGAGGAGGCGCGGAGCGAUGUCUCAGCCGCCUCAGCAACAUCCGCCUCAGCAGGAGCAGCAGCCGGUGGCCGCGCCGGUCUCGAAGAAGAGGGACCGGCGUAUCUUCUCGGGCACUUGCCCGGAUCCCAAGUGCCAGGCGCGCUUAUUCUUCCCGGCGCACGGGCCUCUCAGCAGCGGGAGCAUCGAGUGCACGGACUGCGGACAGCGCCAUGAACAGCGGCAACUGCUGGCGGUGGAGGAGGUGACGGACCCGGACUUGGUGCUGCACAACUUGCUGCGGAACGCGCUGCUGGGGGUGAGCGGGGCGGGCCCCCCGAGGAAGAACACGGAGUUGGUUAAAGUCAUGGGCCUAUCAAACUACCAUUGCAAGCUGCUGUCUCCGAUCCUGGCCCGCUAUGGUAUGGACAAGCAGACGGGCAAGGCCAAGCUUCUAACUGAGAUGAACCAGGGAGAUGUCUUUGACUGUGCUCUUCUUGGGGACCGUGCCUUCCUUAUUGAACCUGAGCAGGUUGACACUGUAGGCUAUGGCAAAGAUCGCUCUGGCAGCCUCCUUUACUUGCACGACACCUUGGAGGAUAUCAAGAAGGCCAACAACAGCCAGGAGUGCCUCAUCCCAGUCCAUGUGGAUGGUGAUGGUCAUUGCUUGGUGCAUGCAAUCUCCCGGGCGCUGGUGGGCAGGGAGCUGUUCUGGCAUGCUUUGCGGGAGAACCUCAAGAAGCACUUUAAGGAGAAUCUCAGCCGCUACAAAGCACUCUUUCAUGACUUUAUUGAUGCGGCAGAAUGGGAAGAUAUCAUCAGUGAAUGUGAUCCUUCGUUUGUUCCUCCAGAGGGUGUACCAAUGGGCCUUCGAAACAUCCACAUCUUUGGAUUGGCCAAUGUGCUACACCGGCCCAUCAUCCUAUUGGAUUCCCUGAGUGGAAUGCGUAGUUCAGGAGACUACUCUGCCACUUUUCUUCCUGGAUUGAUAGCAGAGGAAAAAUGCAUGGGGAAAGAUGGGAUGUUGAAUAAACCUCUCUGUAUUGCCUGGAGUAGUUCUGGUCGUAACCAUUACAUUCCUCUAGUUGGAAUAAAAGGUGCUGCUUUGCCUAAAUUGCCUAUGAAAUUACUUCCUAAAGCUUGGGGAGUGCCUCAGGACCUUAUUAAAAAAUAUAUUAAAUUGGAAGAUGAUGGUAGCUGUGUAAUUGGAGGAGAUAGAAGUUUGCAAGACAAAUAUUUGAUGAGGUUGGUUGCUGCCAUGGAAGAGGUUUUUAUGGAUAAACAUGGUAUUCAUCCCAGCUUAGUAGCUGAUGUACAUCAGUAUUUCUAUAGAAGGACUGGUGUAAUAGGAGUUCAGCCUGAAGAUGUCACAGCAGCUGCUAAAAAGGCAGUGAUGGACAACCGCCUUCAUAAGUGUCUCAUUUGUGGUGCCCUUUCAGAACUUCAUGUUCCUCCAGAGUGGCUGGCUCCAGGAGGGAAACUGUAUAAUUUGGCAAAAAGUACCCAUGGCCAGCUAAGGCCUGAUAAAAAUUAUAGUUUUCCCCUCAACAAUUUGGUAUGUUCCUAUAAUCCUGUUAAGGAUGUACUUGUACCUGAUUAUAACUUGAGUAAUUUGACUGUCUGUAACUGGUGCCAUGGAGCACUGGUGCGGCGUGUCAGAAAUGAUGGCUCUGUUGCGUAUUUGGAUGGAGACAGAACUAAUACUAGAUCUACAGGUGGCAAAUGUGGUUGUGGAUACAAGCAUUAUUGGGAAGAUAAAGAAUAUGACAAUCUCCCUGAAGCUUUCCCUAUUACUCUAGAAUGGGGUGGGAGAGUGGUGAGAGAAACAGUGUAUUGGUUUCAGUAUGAAAGUGAUCCAUCUCUGAACAGCAAUGUGUAUGAUGUUGCAAUGAAACUUGUUACCAAGCAUUUUCCUGGAGAAUUUGGUAGUGAGAUUCUUGUCCAGAAAGUUGUCAAUACAAUUCUUCAUCAGACAGCCAAAAAGAACCCUGAUGAUUAUACACCUGUAAACAUUGAUGGUGCUCAUGCCCGAAGAGUUGAUGAUGUGCAACAAGGACAAGACUUGGAAUCUCAGCUUCCAACCAAAAUUAUUCUUACUGGACAGAAAACAAAAACAUUGCACAAAGAAGAGCUAAAUAUGAGUAAAACUGAAAGAACUAUUCAGCAAAACAUUGCAGAACAGGCACCUAUAAUGCAGAAACGAAAAACUGAAAAACUGAAACAAGCGCAAAAAGGGCCAACUAGAACUACUUCCCCUGGUGCUGUUUCUGAUGGGCCAUCCUCUGCACCUGCUACACCUACCAAGACUCCUUAUUCCCCAACAUCUACAAAAGAAAAGAAAAUACGCAUAACAACAAAUGAUGGGCGACAGGCCAUGCUCACUUUGAAGUCCACAACCACAUUUCUAGAAUUGCAAGAAAGCAUAGCUAGAGAAUUUAAUAUUCCUCCCCAUUUGCAAUGUAUUCGCUUUGGCUUUCCCCCCAAAGAGCUUUUGCCACCCAAAGAAGGGCAGGAAAAUGAACCUGUUCCUCUGCUGCAUGGUGAUAGAGUAACUAUAGAAAUCCUUAAAGGGAAGGAGGAGAGUAGUCAGACUACCUUAGUGCACUCGGCCCAUGCUGUGAAACAUGAUGAUGUUGCAGUUACUAGUAAAAUUGCUUCCAAGGAACUUCAAGAGCAAAUUGACAAGGAAAUGUACUCUUUGUGUCUUCUAGCAACAUUUAUGGGAGAAGAUGUCUGGUCGUAUGCAAAGGGACUUCCUCACCUGUUUCAUCAGGGUGGUGUGUUCUACAAUAUAAUGAAGAAAACAAUGGGUCUGGCUGAUGGUAAGCAUUGUACUUUCCCACACUUGCCUGGUAAGACCUUUGUGUACAAUGCAGCAGAAGACAGAUUGGAACUUUGUGUGGAUGCUGCUGGGCAUUUUCCUGUGGGUUCUGAUGUUGAAGACUUGGUUAAGGAGGCACUAAGUCAAGUGCGAGCAGAGGCUUCUUCAAGAAGUAGAGAAGCAAGUCCGUCACAUGGACUCCUUAAAUUAGGCAGUGGGGGCGUAGUUAAAAAGAAAUCGGAGCAACUUCACAAUAUAACAGCAUUUCAAGGAAAAGGCCAUUCUUUAGGAACUGCUGCUGGCAGUCAACAGCUCCAUCAAAGAGCCAGGGAAGCUCCACUUACAAGAAACCAAAGCUCAAGCACAGACUUCAGUCCCAGUUCAGCUAAAUCUGAGCCUUCAGUGUAUGCAGGAGAUUCUGGAAACAGUGAGCUUAUACGGAUAGCUCCUGGAGUAGGAACAAUGAGAGACAGCAGGCAGCUUGACCCUAAUUUGAUUGAGGCACAGCGAAAAAAAUUGCAGGAAAUGGUUUCCUCAAUUCAGGCUUCAAUGGACAGACACUUGCGAGAUCAGAAUACAGAGCCGUUAGCAACACACAAUUUCUCUCAAAGGAAAUUGGAAGCAGCAAGUUCAUCUAUUAAAGCAAAGAGCUCUCAGACUGGUUUGUCUGAAUCAUUUUCUUUAUCAAGUGGCACCGGACAUUUGAAUGCAGAAACAACUGAUAGUAACAUGUCAAAUGCAGUAGGAGCAACAUUCUCUACAAGAUCAAAAGCGCAAAAAGAAAAUUCUGUUGAAGAACCUGAAGAGAUGGAUAGUCAAGAUGCAGAAAUCACUAAUACAACUGAGCCAAUGGAUCAUUCAUGAAUAGUUAACAACUGAUAAAAUACAAGAGAUUACUGUACAAAUGUAAUGUUUGUUGGCUGGGCCACAUAAAAUUAGUAAUUGAAUCUUGUAUGUUUCAAAGAUUAUAUCUUACUCAUUGCAUGAUUGCAAGUGUGUGAUAGACAAUAGCUUUUAAUAUGCCAUUUUGCUGCCCAGGUUAGCUCUCAGUUACCUGUAAAUUAGUUAUUAGGAUAUGCACUGAGAUGAAUAUCAGCUGUAGAUGUGAGUUCUCAAUUUGUUUUUAUUUUAAUUCUGUUAAAGUCUUAAUCUUCCAGCCCAUGUAAAAUUGUAUUUUUAAACAUUAAUAUGUGAAAAGAAAAUCUUACCAAUGUAGUAUAUUUUGUCAGGUAUCAGUCCAUUCAGAAUUACAGCAUAAAGAGCCGUUCCCUUAGAUCUCAAUACUUUGCAUCCAUUUAGAUUGUCAGGUUUCUCAAAAACCCAAGUAUAUAUCAGAUCUCUUUAAAAGUUAUAAAUGUAAAGAAUGAUAGGGGAAAGUGCUAUGUAGUAUAAGAUGAAUAUAAAGCAAAGGUGAAGUAGUAAUGCAUGGUGGUUGGAGUCAUCAAAGAUUUUCAUUGCCCUGUUGGCUAGUGACUGCAUGUUUAUUUUAUAGCUGGUAGAGUACCAUAGUGUGCUUUACAUUGCAAAGGCAGUAGUAUGCAAGUAUUUUAAGAAACUACAGCAAACUAAUAAGGAUUUUUUUGCGUGUGUGCAGGAAGAUUUUGACAAAUAACAGUUGAUUAUCAGUGCUGGCUAUUGACAUUUUCUAAGCAUGUUGGAUUAAUGGAAUUUAGCAGAAAUUUCAUCAGGUUUUCAGAGACAAAGUAACAGCUUUUAAACUCCCUGGAAAUGGGAAAUACUGAGUGUUUUUAUUUUAAUGCAAAUCUUCAUCACUUUGAUUAAAUUGUCAUCCACUUAAAACGGCAUAUUCAUCAGAUCUACAGUGCUAAUUUUUAAGAAGCAGCCAUAGUAUUUACUCCAUAAAGAUAGAAUGUUUAUCUUAAUACUGAUGUUGCACUUUUGCCUCUUUGCAUAUUUCUAUUUUAUGUGCAUUAUUACUGCUUCAUCUAAUGAAAAUAAACUUGAAAUGGUAAAAGACAUAAUACAGAAGAAAUACAGAAAAGAGGUCUGAGGCUUAGUUAUUGAAGCCAGUGUUUGUGCAUCACAUAAAUUUUACCUGGUCCACAGAUACUGAGUUUGUCUUAUAAAUGUUUAUAUUCUGAAAAAAAUGCUCCUACUUUCUACAGUUAUAAUCACACAGGAAAACUCUAAGCAAUGUUAGGAUUAAAUGUCCCAAGUAAGGGAAGGUUUAUUUUUUUUAAUGGGAAAUUAGCUGAAGGUCCAACUGCCUCAGUUCUUUCAAGUAUAUUAAUCCCUUCAAACACCAUUUUUGCUUUUCUCAUUCAGGGACUACAUCUUUUAUUAUCUUGUGCACUGCAUAUAUAUAAAGUAUACAAAUAACACUUUCAUAAAUAAAUGAUUUUAAAUAUAUAAUUUUGCUGCUUAAUUUGCUCACAAGGUGAAAUAUGUGAUAUAAAUAUGGAAUUCUAAAAUUGAUCAUGCCACACAGAACAGAUGCUUGAGGAGGAAUAUAGAAAACUACUGUAACUUCUAGGAAACAUACAGCCAACUCUUUGGCUAUUGCCCAAAGAUUUAUCCAUUUACCGGGGAUUGUGCAGGUAUGGGUGAGUGAGAUUGGGCUUUCUGGCACAGCAAUAGUCUGUGCCUCAGCUUCAAAGGUAGCUUUUAAUAUAUGAGAUGGCUGGUGAGAUAAACCAGAAAAUAACUAUGCUUUCACAGACCAAAGGGGCAUCUGCACUUGAUAUCUAAAUCCUUUUGAGAACUCUGUUAACAGCUCUGGAUUCAUUACAUAAGCCUGGGAAUUCCAGUAUUGUUGGUGUGAGGAGAAUUAUUUCUUGGGGAUUUAUAACACAGAACUACAGUUCCCAGUAUUCCCUGGAUGAGAAUCAUGGCCAUUACUAGUUUAAAAUUGGCUUGAAUUAUAGGGUUGUUAAGUUUUCUGAUGGUGUGAUACUUUUGUUUUUAGCAUGGAAAUACUAUGGUGGUUCUUCAUUGUAUGGGAAAGAUAUUGCCAACAACAUUUCUUAUUCAAAGUUCAUGUAUAAAUGAGCAAGAGCUGUGAAGUUGUAGAGGCAUGGGUGAUUUUAUAAUUUAAUGUGGUGGUGUUGACCCAAGAGUUUACAUCUUUUCUGUCCCUUGUAGAAAUUCUUUCCCUUGAGGAAUUGUGUUUUGACUAUCAUUUUUCUCUUACCCAGAAAAUAACAGUACAAACUUACCCACUUUGUGUUUUCUCCUUUGUGUGACUUGUUAAGAGGUUUUUGCAAUGAAAAUUGUCAAGGAUUAGGAUAGGGGUGGGAAACCUGUGACCCUCCAGAUGUUGUUGGACUUCAACAGCCCCAGCCAGCAUGGCCAGUGGUCAGGGAUCAUGUGAGUUGUAGUCCAAUAGCAUCUGGAGAGCCACAGGUUCUCUGUCCCUAGCUUAGGAAUGUUAUGAAAAAUACUGCUGUAUCUAUGUGUUGGGAAAAUUUAACAUUUUUAGUAUUGCAAUUGUGCAGUGAAGGCUUAUCCCCAUCAAAGUUAAUGGGACUAAAAUGAACCAAUAAAUGCUAGUCCCAUUUACUUUAAUGACACUAAAGUUGCAAAUAACUUGAUAGAUUUCACUUAGUAGCUUUAGUGGUUGAGAGUCUAAUAUAAAGCGAAUUUAUGGAAAACAUUAGAUAUUGGGAGGGGGAUCUUAAGGAUGCCUGAAGUGAGUUUCCUUCAGACAUUUCAAAGUUCUAUCUGUAUCGUUCACCAAUGUUCAGGCUUUCUAAUGUGUGAGGGUCUAUAGUUUGACAGCUGGAAGACCAUGUUUUUUUCAGAUCGAAUGUGGGUCAAACAAGCAAGUUUAAUGUGUAUUUAAUAAUAUGAAUGGGGAAAUAGGACCACACUAGUAGCACAGCGGCAUUCAAUACACUGGUUUACGCUGGAUGGAGUAGAUCCAGUACAAUCGGAAAAGACAACAAACAGAAACAAUGUGCAUUUUAGAAAUUGCUGGAAUUACAGCAUACUUAUAGCUUUCCAAUAAAAGUAUUUUAGAAUCUACAAAUUGCCCAUAUUACAUUACUGAUCUAUAUUUCUGUGAAGAUUCAGCAUUUAGAUAUUAUUGCAGCUUAACAGUUGUUCAAUGACUGAAGAAUGGCUUGCUCAUUAAAUACCACUUUUGAAUGUAUGUUUGUAGCAGACAUCUACCCUGCAAAAAAUAAAGUAGCAAGAUGUAACAAAGAGCCUAAUUUUUUUAAGUAGAUGAUCUUUCCCCCUCUUUGCCUAUGUAUUGUGUUUCUGUCUUGUAGCUUUAAAGAUUCUACAUUUUCAGUUGAAAAUGACCUGUUAUAGGGGACAGUAUUUAGUAGCUGCUGUGUUUAUGGUCUAGAUGCGGUUUCUAUUCUUUGCUUUAGUAAAAACCACUGAAGACCAUUGCUGUACUAACAAUACUAUAGAAAGGGUGUAUUUUCUGAGACCAAAAUUGCUGCCUUUUUCCCCCCUGAAGGGAUAAAUUCAGACAUGAUGACUGUAUAGUGGAGGGCUUUGAUGACUGCUGUUCCUUGUGGACAUGCAGCCCAGGUAGAUUUUAUGUAAGCCCAAUAUGUGUGAAUUAUCCCAGACUCUCACCAAUUCUAGUGGAACUCAAUUACAUGCAUGCUUAGAAUCCCAGUCUAAGCUACCUUUUCUUUGGGUCAUUUUGACAUGCUGGAUGCUAGUCAGAAUUUGGCAGUCUCAGUUGGGGAUUGACAUAUUCCAGCAAACAGCUUUGUUCAAUAUUUACUUGGGAAUAUCCCAUAGUAUCUUACAUUUUAGGGUGUUGCAUUUAAAAUUCUUUAAGGCAGCAUUCCAGCUUUG